CUUUCGAUUUCAAAAGAUCAAGAUUCUGAACGUGAGCCCCAUAAUGUAAAGAAAUGUGGAUGUAAGGAUGUGAUUUGCAAAAAUGGAGGACUUUGUAUGGAAAGACUAAAUGACUUCCGGUGCGAUUGUCCCAUCGGUUACACAGGACCCCAAUGCCAGAUUGUUGGUAAGUGUUACGAUCUCACCAAGGAAAUUUUAAUCUUCCCAAUCAGAUGAGUUUAGAGAACACACCGAAAACAGCUAAAUCGGGAUCAGUCACGUUCUGCCUAUGAUUUACAAAUUUUCUCUUUGUUGUUACAGUCUUCCUCCUGGUUUAUGACUCCACUAGUCGGUAGUCCCGAGUAAAGAGGCUCGGUCACACUUGUAAAAUAUCCAACUGGUUUAUCUCCUACCAGUUGAGAUUUGUAACCAUGUUAUGUUCCAUUUAAUUUAUUUGUUUCAGUAUUUCUGUAAAGCCCCAUAAGGGGAGAGGAUAAUUACAGUAUUUGUAGUAGUAUAAGCCAAUGACAUGUCCGAUCUUUUCGGCGAGCAGUAAUACGGCGGUUACCUGUUGUUCUUUGGGUAUCCUGUCGUUGUUUAGGCUUAACAAUCUGGAUUUACGUUCAUCGUUUUUGAACUCGUACAAGUAAACAUUUUUUCCUAAGAGGUCUGCUAAGAUGAUUGACGGAACAGAAAAACCCCAAAAUUUGCCAAACUCACGUGAUACAACGAAUUUCGCUAUAAUAUGCUGUUUUAGGUUCGUAAUGUACCAGGAGAUAGCAUUUCGAGCUCUACUGACUAAAAUAUACACAUCUUAAUUCUGAGAAUGUGAUAAAAAAUUGUUAUAAUGUAUUCAUGAUGCUUUUUUCAGCCUGUGGUAAAAACAUCGUGUUUGACGUUGGAUUCGCUAUUGAUGGCUCAAAUUCAAUAGACGACAAUGAGUACCGCUUAACAAAGGACUUCGUAAAGGACGUUAUCAGGAUCUUUACAAUCUCAGAGGAAAGUACCCACGUAGCCUUACUUGAAUACGCUAGUGAAGCUUCAAUAAAGGUGUACUUUGACGAUGACGAUUACUAUCAGGCAGACAAGCUUCUUGAGAGAGUAGAACAACUGACUCAGGCCCAGGGUGCGUCUACUAAUAUUGGAAGAGGCUUAGAAAAAACGCUGGGAAUGUUCAGUGCUGAUUACGGGAUGAGAGAGAAGGUGGGUUGAAGCCGUCAAAUAAUACACCUUUUCACGGUUUUUUCAACUUUUAUAUGGAUCAGUUAAGGAAAAUACGUCGACACCAUUGAAAAGAGCGGCUUAAAAUGAGUAAAAUUGCCAAAUUUGGAAAUGAUAGGUCUUUAGCGAGCGAGUUGCGAAAAUUUACAGACGUUUGUUUGGUGGGGGGCAAGUUUGUGCCCCCCACCCCCCCCCCCCCCACCAUACAAACGUCUGUAACAUUUCGCGACUUUGAGGAGCUGGAUACCGUAUUUCUUCGAAUAAGCGCCCAAACUCGAAUUAGCGUCCAUCUCGAAUAAGCGCUCAUCCUGAAGGCAAAAAAAGUUUCUAAGCGCCCAGCCUCGAAUAAGCAACACCCCCACCCCACCCGAACUCCCUCCCACUCCCACUCAAACUCAAAUAAGCGCCCACCCGCUUCCUCCCACCACCCAAAAAAAUAUUGAAUAAGUAUUAAUAAGAGACUUCCCCGAAGAGGGAAUUUUCUUCAGAGUAUUUUACAGAAACCUUGCUUUGUUACAUCUUCGCAUUUUGUUAUUAUCAUUUAUUGUUUUGUUGCAAAAUAUACUUACUACGCUUGCUUAAAAUGGUGAAAACUAAAAUAAGCGCCCAGCGUCGAAUAAGCGCCCACUCUCAAUGUCCAAAAAUUUAAUAUGCGCUCUGGGCGGUUAAUCGAUUAAAUACGGUAUAUCUUCAUUAAUUUUUAAUAAAUCAUUUUCAAACUUGGCAAUUUUACUCAUUUUAAGGCCAUCUUUUCAGUGGUGUCGACGGAUUUUAAAAUUUUUUCAAUUAUCUGCCUAAACUGAAGGCUGAGGCAAAUAACUGAUCUACUCGCCUCGGACAAAUCACAAUAUUUUGCGAUAACCGAGUUCAAUAAUUGUUUUAUCAUUCGAUCGCUCAGUUUAUUUUUUAAUGAAGCGGAGCGAUCUGCCUUUUUGUACGCAAGAGCGAUCGCAAGAAGGAGAAAAUCAUGGUUUCGUUUACGCAUGAGCAGAAUAUUAUUUGCAGCCAAACAGUUGAACGACGUUCCUCAUCAGCAGACCAUUAUUUGUAGGCAGUCAUUUACAGGUCACGUGGUGGGUUUUCGGCCAAUGAAAAGGGAAAAAUUUGCAUCGAAUGAUAAUUCUUCUUUUUACACGAUCCGUCUAAGUACAAUUUAUAGAAAUUUGGGUCGGAAAUCGUUCCUAAAUUUCUUAUAUCCACACCCAAAGAUCUAAACAAAUUUUCACCAUUUUCAGCCAUAAAUGCACCACGUUUACCCCCAAAAUUUUGCAACAACAUAGGUUCAGGUUAGAAUGUCAUACUUUUACGGUAUCUGUCGCGUACCAUUUUUGUUCGGAAAACCGCUGUAAACCUAUUUCUUUUAUGCCGUUCUUGUUGACGUCGCCGCCGUCGUUGCGUAAGCUCUCUAUUGAUACCAAAACUUGCAACUUACAACCCUAAAGAGACAACUUGGCGUUUGCAAAAGUGUCCCUCGUCGGGCACCGUGUAUUUCUGACCAUUAGAAUAAUGACUAAAGUUUUGGUCAGUGGCGAAACCAGGGGACCAGGCGCCGCCCCCCCCCCCCCCCCCCCUUAUUCUUGGACCAAACUGAGACCCGAAGGGCCGAAAAAGAUUUUUUGGAGAGCGCCCCCACCCUUUCCUAAGGGUCUGGAUGACCGCCACCCCCCCCCUUCCCCCCCUUAUCUCAAGGUCUGGAUCCGGCACUGUUGGUGAUGCUGAGCUGAUCAUUAUUUAUGUUUCUCGUUCGUUUUUAAGGUGACAAAGCUCUUUAUUUUCUUCACGGAUGGAAAAAACACAGACCAAGAUGAAGAUCUGACUCCAUAUUCGCAGCAAAUCAAAGCCAAGGGCAUUAAGACAAUUUCUGUGGGAGUGGGCAAUGGGACAGACCUCAAUGAACUGAGAAUCAUCGCUUCAUCACCAAAUAAUGUGAUUCAGCUGGAGGAGUUUGAACAGCUGAAAUACAUAAUAGAAAAGUUAGUCCCUGCUGAGUGCAAAGGAAGCAAAUGA